AAGCGCGACGAUUGGGCUGGACGCCCGGAUGGAAGUCGUCGAGAAUUGAUUGAGAUUUUAGGGUGUAGGUUUUCUUUCAGGGCGAGAAGAAUAAAAAAGGAGAAGACCCGUCCCCAUUAAUUUCUAGUUUCUAAGGGUCUGUUUUCCGGGUCAGAUGGUGUUUUUGGCGGAAGGAGUUUUUGGGGGCCAGCAGGCCUAGCAUGCCUUGUCUUUUUCUGAGCAAGAUUUGAUUCUUUAG